AUGGAAUCGAGGCCGAAGUGCCACGGUAUCCAAGUAAACAGCUAAACAAGAUGGCGUCAUGGCUAUUGAAAAUCCUGGCGAAGCUAACAACAACGAGGCAUUCCUAGAGCGUUCGAGCGAAGAAGGUUUGACGAAAACAAGAAGCUAUAUAGUUGCAUGAAGUUCUAUAAAAGUACAACAAAUUACGGGUAUUCCUCAUGGGAUCGGCCGCCUCUGCCAACAGACGAGGUUCCGUUUUAAUAAGUCCUCGGGCUGAAGCUCUAACAAAGGCAAAUGGACAACUGAUGUUAGAUUCCCCAGCCUUGAUAGAUCUGGGACAUGGUACGGUGCGUUAUCGACUCCCAGAUGAAAAAAGAGAACAAGAAAACACAAAAGUGAAAACUGGAUACUUCUAUCACCCCCGCCUUGAUGACUUCAGUGAAGAUGCUGAAGUUCGGCCAGAGGACAGUUUUAAAUUCCACUAUGUGUUCAAAGGACCAAAGAAGGAUGGUAAAGUAAAGCGAUUGUACUAUGUCUAUGGAACAAGUUUAUCUGCUAAAGAUGAAGGAAUAAAACAAGAACCAUACAGACCAGUGGGAAAAGGUUACAAUUGGCCAGAAUCUUAUAGGAAGGCAAAUAACUUGUACUAUGAGCUGACAUUUGGAGAUCAAGGUGAGGAGGACUUUUCAGACACAGAUAGCAUGAAGACAGGAGUAGAUUCUCCUGAAUUGGUUGAUUCUGUUCCAGAUAAGGAUAACUUGAGGUAUAGUAGUCAACUUAAGAUCAAAGUGCUUAAUUCUUACUACUACAGUGUAUACAUGUAACAUAUGUUCAAAAUGCAAAAACACUAGGAGAAGUGCUAGGAGUCACAUUUUUAUUUCAUGCCAUGGAUGAAACAGCCAAUCAGAAUACUAGAAAGCUGUUGUACACUAGUCCUCGGAGACCUAGGGGCCGCUAGUCAGGACAAAGCAAUAUUUUCGGGUGAGCUAUACUUUUGGAUGAAAGUUUACUUCAAGAGCGGACAAGCCCCUGGGCUCUUAUUCUUACGGAACCAGUUCCAGAAGUGUUUGAAUUCCGGCCCGCUGAUUGGCCAGAAAAAUAUUUUCAAUCAGUGAGGAGGUCCAGUUGCCUUCUUUAAAUUGGUUUUCCUCAUCGAUCGCAGUAGUUGCUUGGCCCGGGAAGAUUCUCAUGCAGAGUUUCAGAAAAAAAGAUUCAAUGAAGCCAAGGAAAUCAUAAUCUGUAACAUGGGCGCAAGGGAACAAUACUCGUCAAUUAAGUUUCAUGGUGGAUCUAUUGAAGGUAUGUAAUAAAUGUAUAUGGCUAUAAGACCCUUCGCGGCACACACCUAUCCAAAAUUUACGGAAGUACUCCCCCCCCAGGGAUCACAAUAAACAGCAACAUUAUUUUUUGAUAGAACCUCUUCCAGAACAUGACCCUGAAUUUCUCAUCCAUGGUCAAUGACUCUGGGAGUUCAUACAGCAAAGCAGAUUCCCUCUUUCCAUCCAAUAAAUCUUUAUCACUCCAUCUGCUUUUCCUUUUACCAGACAUAGCUAAUCGAUGACAGCAAUGAUUAUUCAAUUGGUGAUCAAUGAGCCAUCAGCUGAUUACUCAUUGAGUAUUGCCAAUACCCGAUAAGUAAUCAAUGCUCCACAAACUUUAGUCAUUGAUUAAUUAUCGGGGGUCUUUGAAUAGCGUAAACUCCAAAAAAAAAAAAAAACAUUGCAACAAGUUUUGUGAUUUCAAACUUUAUUGACUAUUUAAAUAAUCCCAACAACAUCAUUUCCUCCUGAUGAUGCCGAUGAUGUGCAGGAUUCCUUGUCAUGGCCUCGCUGUCUUCCAUUGUUGAACCAAACUUUUACCAUUCUUGAGUCAAGUUUAUUCAGUUUUGCAAAUUCUCCUAUUGCACAUGGUAAAGUAUCUUGAUUCCUUUCACAAUGCUUCAAGCACCAAUCUCUGGAGAUCGCAGAAUUUUGUCUGGGGAUAAUCAAUGGCAUCAAUGAGUAACCAAUGAAUCAAUGAGCAAUUAUGCUGCACAAAAUACUCAUUGAUUAAUAUUUAAUCAAUGAUGUUAUUGAUCAUUGAUUAGUUAUGUCUGGCUUACGUACGGGUCAAAUGCCAUACUUCACAUGAGCCGAACCCAAUUCAAUCAAUUAGGCUUGUGAAGUUUGAGUCGACCCAAACUGUUGUUAGGUGCGGCUCAUGUGAAGUACGGCAUUUGACCCGGGCCUUGUAUAACCAGCCUUAUAAAUUUCCAGUGACCUGGGGUACUUCACCUGGUCUUCAACAAUAUUGAUAUAAGAGCUGAAAAACAACUAACGGAUUAGGAGGGAAUUCAUAAGCUUUAGGAAUUUAAGAAAUUCAAUACUCUGUAGGCAACAGUUGGAAGAUUAAACUCUUUCCGUAACCCAUCAGUAAUUGCCAAAAAACAUCUCUUCUCACCACAUUUUUCUCAAUAAUAAAUCGUUGCUCCACUUUCAAGUCGACCACAGAAAACAAAUACAAGAUUUCUUUCAGGCCCUGUUGGAAUUUAUGCCCUACACGAUAUUGGUAAUUAAAAAGUAUUUUUGGUUUGGCACAAAAGCAGGAAGGUGCAUACAGUGCAGCUGGCCAAUCAUUCCCACUUCCAGUUGGCGUAGUUGUGUGGUCCAUGCAACAGAGAUUCGCACAUCGUAGAAAUUUUUGAGGAAGUUAAACAAGUCAUUCAAUGAUAGAGGAGAAAUAUAAUAACUUGUGCACUCAACUAGCUUUGCACUCCACCAACAACAGUGUAGAAAUUGUGUACAUUAGCGAUAUAACUUUACGAUAUACCUUUGAUAAUUCCACCGUGAAAAUUGAUUAAAGACUAUUGUUCCCUUGCGCCCAUGUUACAGCUUGUGAUUUCCUCGGCUUCGCUGGAAUCUUCCCGGGCCAGAGCAACUACCACAAUCAAUGAGGAAAAUCACUUUGUGUAAGAGGAGAACAGAGUUGCCUAGCUGGACCUCCUUGCUGAUUGGCCAGAAAAAUACUUUUCUGACCAAUCAGGGGGACGGAAUUCAAACACUUCUGGUACUGGUUCAGUAAGAAUAAGUACCCAGCAGCUUGUCUGCUCUUGAAGUAAACUUUCGGCCAAAAAUAUCUCUUGCCCUAAAAUAUCGCAUUGUUCCAACUAACAGCUCAGUGGGUCUCCGAGGAUGUUGUACACUCGACAGUAUUACCACCAACCUUUCCAUUAUGCACUGCAUUGAUUGUGAUGAUGACAAAAUCAAACUUACUUGUCACUUGUAUUUUCUUGGUAUACAUUAACUUGCCUAAAGGCUGAGAAAAUAUAAAUCCCUUGUGGAUCUUCCAUGGGAAAGCAUUGCAUAACUAGUACUUAUUGAUCAUAAUUGAGGUGCUACUCUUCUGUGAAUAGAGUACGUGCAAAACCGUCUUGUCGAAACAGUGUAUCAUGAUUGCAUCUGGGUUGUUGCAAGCAGCGAUUGGAUUGGUUGCUCAUGGUAGCUUUAAUCUGUUUGGUCUGAAAUACAGUGAUACAUUCCCCAUUCAUUAACCCAUUUACCCAUCCAAACUGACUUGCCCACUUAGAGGUUUUUUUUUUUAACAAAAAUAAUAAAUCAUUAACUUUCAGGCCAAAUUUCAUAACCCUCUUUGUAUUUUCUGGUACAGCAUCUUCUUGUAUUCUCAGUAUUUCUUUUAAUUUUAUAAACACUGGCGAACGUGAGUUUAUGCUGGGCAUUUGUUUUUUUCUUGGAUCAUGCCUUAUUCACUCAGUAGGAGUGAUUAUUCAUUCGGUAGGAGUGAAUAAUGCUAAUUAGCCAGAGAUAAUGAACCAAUCAGAUUGCUUGAAACACCAAGAUCAAGACCAAGAUUGCCUUCUUCCUUCUUGGCUUCAAGAAGGCAAGCAAGAUCUUAGCGACCCACGCUCUGUUUGGGAUU